UAACUCCUAAAUAAACAUCCACUGCCACCAAUUAAGCAAUGGGGAUCUCUAAUUUUGGUGUGCUGAUGUUGGUGGUGGGCAUGCUUGGCCUCGACGCAGCUACAGCAACAGGCUUCGACUAUGGCCAAGCACUUGAUAAGACAUUCCUGUUUUUCGAGGCACAGAGGUCAGGUAAACUGCUUGCCAACCAAAGAGUCAAGUGGCGAGGUGACUCUGGCCUUAAGGACGGCUUUCUUCAAGGGGUUGACUUGGUGGGAGGGUACUAUGAUGCAGGGGACCAUGUGAAGUUUGGGCUGCCAAUGGCAUUUAGUGUAACAAUGCUUGCUUGGGGAGCUAUUGAUUUCAGGAAGGAGAUCACGGCAUUAGACCAAAUGGGACACACUCUGUGGGCUAUUAGAUGGGGCACUGACUACUUCAUGAAGGCCCAUACACAACCUAAUGUUCUUUGGGCUCAGGUCGGGGAUGGUGAUUCUGAUCACUACUGUUGGGAGAGAGCAGAAGACAUGACAACUCCAAGAACUGCAUAUAAGCUUGAUGAAUAUCAUCCUGGUUCAGACCUUGCUGGUGAAACUGCAGCUGCCUUAGCUGCAUCUGCCUUAGCUUUCAAGCCUUACAACUCUUCUUACUCCAAUCUCCUCUUAGUUCAUGCAAAACAGCUCUUCUCAUUUGCUGAUAGAUUUAGAGGGCUUUAUGAUGAUUCCGUGCAGAAUGCUAAGCACUUCUACACCUCCUCAGGCUAUUCGGAUGAGUUAUUGUGGGCUGCAGCAUGGUUGUACAGGGCAACCGAUGAUGAGUACUACCUCAAGUAUGUGGUGGACAAUGCUGUGUAUAUGAGUGGAACUGGAUGGGCUGUCAAGGAAUUCUCUUGGGACAAUAAAUAUGCUGGUGUCCAAAUCCUUCUUUCCAAGAUACUGCUAGAUGGGCGUGGUGGCGCAUACACUUCCACCCUAAAGCAAUAUCAAGCCAAGGCAGAUUACUUCGCAUGUGCUUGUCUCAAAAAGAAUGACGGCUACAACAUUCAGACAACUCCUGGGGGUUUAAUGUACGUUCGAGAAUGGAACAAUUUGCAGUAUGCUUCUGCUGCUGCAAUUCUUCUUUCCAUCUAUUCAGAUUAUCUUUCUGCUGCAAAGGCCAAGCUUACUUGUCCAGACGGGCAGAUCCCUCCUCAGGAGCUCCUCAAUUUUGCCAAAUCACAGGCUGAUUACAUUCUUGGUAAAAACCCGAAAUCCAUGAGCUACUUGGUUGGAUAUGGACCUCAAUAUCCAGUUCAUGUACACCACAGAGGUUCUUCCAUUGCCUCUAUAUUUGCUCUGCAUUCGGCUGUUGAAUGUGUGCAAGGAUUCGAGACAUGGUAUCGUCGUCCUCAGGGAAAUCCAAAUGUCAUACAUGGAGCCCUCGUCGGAGGUCCUGAUCAGAAUGAUAAUUUCUCCGACGACCGUUCUAACUAUGAACAAACUGAACCUACACUUUCUGGCAAUGCCCCUCUUGUUGGCCUCUUCUCCAAGCUUCAUAGUGUAUAUGGAUCAACGGGAUCCUACCAACAACAGACACAGGUGCCCAACACAAGCUUAGGGGUCCCAGUGGAAUUCAUUCACAGCAUAACCAACACUUGGAAUGUUGGAACGACAACGUAUUACCGCCACAAGGUGAUCAUGAAGAACGUAUCUCAGAAGCCAAUUAGCGAGCUCAAGUUGGUGAUAGAAGACCUCUCAGGUUCUCUGUGGGGUCUAUCUCCGACAUCAGAAAAGAAUACCUACGAGCUUCCUCAGUGGCUCAAAGUCUUGAAACCUUCCUCAGAGUACAGCUUUGUUUACGUUCAAGGUGGCCCCCAAGCAAAGGUUUCUGUUCGGAGUUACUGUUGAGAUGUACUUCUGCCUUUUUUAUUUAUUUUUUUUCUUUUUCUAAAUUCUCACACCUGAAGUAUUGACCUAUCGCAGUAAUUUUGCGUUCAAAUCAGUUGCACAAAGAUAUUGUAAUUUCAUCUUGCAGCUCAUUUCCAAAUUGAAAUUUCUUCAAGAAUCAA